AUGAUGGUGAAUUCAAGUAAUAAGCAAUCCCCACUGCCAACUGUGGCCACCACAACUACUUCCCCUCCUCCUUCCUCCACCGCCAAAACAUGGCCUCCGCCACCUCCUCCUCCCUUCCACCACCACCCCACAUUCCCUCUUGAUCACCCCUCUUCUGCCAUGCUCGGCCUCCACAACAUCCUCCUCCUCGCCCCCUCCUCCUCCUCCUGCCACCACCACCACCACCACAUUCAUGAACAACCACCACCACCCUUCUCCGCCUCCCUUACCGAGCCCAACUUCUGGAGCUCCUUCAAGAAACGCCAAGAUUCCACCACUCGUGAAGACCACAAAGCUCAUGUUGCUCAUGAUGAUCAAGAUGAUAAUGAUAAUGAAGAAGAAGAUGAUGAUCAUGAAAAUCAAAACUUCAUGAAAGUUUGCAAAGAUUGCGGCAACCGAGCCAAGAAGGAGUGCAGUUUUAGCCGGUGUAGAAUUUGCUGCAAGAGCCGUGGUUAUGAUUGUGCUACUCACGUGAGGAGCACGUGGAUCCCCUCUUCAAAACGCAGAGACAAGAAAUUCACCAUGGACGGUGGCUCUUCAGCUUCUGCUUCUUCUUCUUCUGGUGCUAAAAGGUCAAGACUUCCUGUUCCCGCGUUGUCUUCUGACAAUCUCACCACCAACUCUUCUGAUUUUCAUCUCCCCACUCUUUGUUUCACUGGCUCUGUCCCUCAAGAUGCGAGUUUCAAGAAAGCAUUACCGGGGAAAGUGAAGGCGCCGGCAGUUUUCAGGUGUAUAAGUGUGACUUCCAUUAAUGAUGGGGAAGAUAAUGAGAUUGGAUAUGUGGGUACAGUGAACAUCAGCGGCCAUGUUUUCAAGGGGUUUCUUUAUGACCAAGGAAUUAAUGAUGAGAAGAAUUUGUUCCCUUGCAUUUCAUCAAAAAUGGAAGCUAAUUCCAGUGCCAAAAAUAGGGACUCCUCUUCUUCUUCUCCAAUUGUUGAUCCUUCCACUACUUUUGCAGCCUCUGCCACUUGAAGAUUCCAUAUGUCAGGUGUGGAAGAUGGAUCCUCUGUUGCAAUGCUGAAGCUACUAUGAAUAUGCAUAUUGAAAUCAUCGUAUAUAUGGUUAAGUUUAAUCGUCCACUAGACAAGAUAUUGUAGUGACUUAUUGUGAUGCCUGAACAUAGUUGUACUAGCUUAAUGAAGUGCUACUAGAAUUAAUUAGUGUGAAUGAUGCUGAACCCAGUUUUCUUUUUGUUUGUGUGAAAUUGUGGGUUGAGCUAUCUAACAGUUUGUUUGUGAUGUGAAUGUAAAAGCAUAUUUUAUCUUUUAUAUUACAACUAAAUAUAUA